AUGGCACCUGCGCUAGGUGAUGUCACUACUGCUCAUUCCACUCUUUUAACAAGUACUUCAAUCGUUACACCCAUUAUCAUCAUUAUUUCAUCUGCGGCUGGGAUCACGGGAGCGCUAGUCAUCGUCCUCCUGGCAAUAUAUAUACAACGUCGAAUUAUGUCAAGACGGCGUACAAGAACACUAGCGGAGACUGUCCCUAAUAUCGUUAUUACCGAUACUUCUAUACUCCCGGCGUCUAAUGUCGUUGUUGACAGUGAAUCUGCACUCGACAAUGUUAUCGCAUCGUUCAAGCCGAUCGGAGCGGAAGCUGCUCCGUUGGAAGCAGUCCCUCCGGUCGACAUCUCGGAUGAUUAUGAAGAGAAUGCAGAGGACGAUGACGAGCUGUUCCCUCUACCUAAGAUCCCGAAGCCUAAACGAAAACCACCGCCAAUUAUAAGAACGCUUCGUCCUUCCAACCAAAGAGGUAGUGGAGUAUCAAGACUUGGUACUCCGAAUCCUCAAAACAGGCAAAUGGGAAGCACUCCCGCUGAUUCGGAGCACAACCAUGAACGCGUAGAGCUUCUAGUCUCACCAGGUGUCUGGUGGUACGAUUUUGGUGGUGAAGCAUUCUCGAGCUCUGAAAGCUCGACACUAGAGGCUGACGGAACUCACGGAAGCCUUGCCGAUUCCGUUAGCUCAACUGAGAGCGGAUCCUCUGAGCCUGUGUCAUCAAGAUGGCCAGUGCGUACAUCGAGAGUAAGAUUUGCCGACACGUCGGACGAUCAGAGUUACGCAACAAAUAGCAGACAAAUUCCGGCACACCGUUGGCGUUUUUCCGAAAUCGUCUCCCUCCGUGACCACAGGAGUCUUUCCUCAUUCUAUGAGACAGACGUUGCUCAAGACGUGAACACGCCGAUGAGCGUUUCGCAGAGCCAGCCAGUGUCCUUAGGAAGUGCUCCGACUGACGAAGCCUUUGACCGAAAGAUUCUUGAGUAUUGCUGGCAGAUAUCGGACAACUCGUCGGUCAAGAGUAUCAAUCAGGUAUCUAGUUCCGAAUCAGUGACUGUUCAGUUUACAACGGCCAAAAAGUCGAUGUCAAGCGUCAAGAUCUCUGAAGCGGGUGUCGGACGAUCAUUUGAAGCGAGUCAUCUCAUUCUCACUUCAGACAGUCCAGCAACGGAGACUAGGGAAGAGAUCAAGGACAGGCUUGAGAGACUAGUCAAAUCGAAGGAACCCAUUGAACACGGGGAGCAAGAAAUUCGUAAACGGGAGCGAAUUACAAGCAAGAAACCAGUUUCCCUGCCAAAUCACCGUACUUUGCCACGAAGAACUCCUUUCUCAAACGUGACGACGUCCACUAGAGUAAACGCGAUGUGA